ACCAACGAACGUUGUGCGCGCUUACAGUUACUAAUCUGUUAGAUGAUCAAAUAUCUCUUCGCUACGAAACUGAAAAAUGCCAGGCACAACAUGUAAAGUGGUCCAAAACGGCAAUAUUUGUUUCACAGAUCAUUUCAUCAUUGAUGGGGAAAAAGGGAGGCAGUUGGUUCUCGUCGGUGAAGAAAGUUUUCAAGUCAUCUUCCAGAAACUCGCCCGUGCCACCGUCAGUGCCUAAGGACAACACACAGAAAUUACAACAGCAUGAAGUGGCAGAGGUGGUGUCUUUUGAGCAUUUUCCAGCAGAGAGUUCUCCAGAUAAUGAAGAGAGCAUCACAUCAACGCCAGUGACUGAAGAUAGAAGUCGUGCCAUUGCCGUUGCAGCAGCAACUGCCGCAGCUGCUGAAGCUGCUGUGGUGGCUGCUCAAGCAGCUGCUAGAGUUGUGAGAUUGGCAGGGUAUGGAAGCCACUCCAAGGAAGAAAGAGCAGCAACACUGAUACAAUCACACUACAGAGGCUACCUAGCUCGACGUGCACUGCGAGCAUUGAAGGGAUUAGUGAGGCUGCAAGCACUGGUGAGGGGACAUAAUGUGAGGAAGCAAGCGCAGAUGACAAUGCGGUGUAUGCAAGCAUUAGUGAGAGUGCAAGCACGCGUAAGAGCUCGCAGACUGCAAUUGACUCGGGAGGAUGAGGAAACAGAGUAUGAGCAAAGAGACAAUGUGAAGAAACAAGAACCUACUAAGCCCAUGAGCCCCAUCAGAAGGUUUGACAAUAAUGGUUGGGACAAUAGGCGCCAAAGUAGCCAGAAAAUUAAGGAAAACGAUUUGAGGAAGCACGAAGCUGCCCUGAAGAGGGAGAGAGCUCUUGCAUACGCCUUCAACUAUCAGCAGCAGAAGCAAUAUUUGCAAGGAGACUCGAACGGUGAUGAUGAUGCUGGAACCCAUUACCCCAAUGCGCGUGAAAAAGCCCAAUGGGGUUGGAACUGGUUGGAGCGUUGGAUGUCAUCCCAACCAAAUAAUGUCAAGCACUUAGGGCCACGUGAGACCUCGUAUAUGACACUGGCUUCUACAACAUCAACUACCACAGAUAACAUGUCUGAGAAGACUGUAGAAAUGGACAUGGUUGCAACUCCAGGCCCAAGCAACGUCAAAAACAUCAGCCCCAUGAACCAUGAUUUUAUUGAUUCAAGCCCAGUUUCCAGUAGACACUAUCAGAGACCACUUAGCCCAAAUAGACCAAGCUAUAUGGCCCCAACCCAGUCUGCAAAAGCCAAGGUUCGGGGCCAAGGCCCAACUAAGCCACGGCUUUCAACUGGGCCUCAGUGGAACUUCUCAACUAAGGGAGCCUCCACAUGUGAUUCGUCAAGCUCAGGUGGAGGAAUUGCCGCCUACCAAUUUCCAAGGAGCCCAAGCCCAAAAAUCAAUGGUAUUCGUUCACAGUCUAGACGGAUUGUGGGUAGCAGUCCAGAUUACAUUGAAGAUUGGGCCCUUCCUCUUGGAGCCCAUGGUUGGACAUAGUUUGAUUAAU